AUGCCCCCUUGGGAGCACCACCUGGAGCGGCCCCCUGGACAUGGAAUGAUCAGGGAGCUGUUCAAGAAGGUGGUGCCCCAGCAGUGCCUGGGCUCCGUCUGGUCCCGGAGGAACAGGCCUGGCAACGAGCACCUGGCACCCACAGUCCGGGCCACCAUCGCCCAGUUCAAUGCUGUGGCCAGCUGCAUCGUCACCACGUGCCUUGGCGACCCAAGCAUGACAGCCCGGGACAGGGCCGCGGUGGUGGGCCACUGGAUCCGGGUGGCCAAGGCCUGUCAGAUCCUAGGGAACUACUCCUCCCUGCGUGCCAUCCUGGCGGCUCUGCAGAGUGCCUCCAUUCACCGCCUGCAGAGGACAUGGGACAACGUUUCCAGGAAGAGCUUCCGAACAUUCCAAAAGCUCUGCAGAGAAGACAACCCCCAGGGCAGGGAACUACUCAUCAAGAAGCGGCCCUCGAAUAAACUGGCCAGCCUGGGGAGGCAGCUGCAGAGAGCGCGGAAGGGGCUGCCGAAGAAGGGUGUCGUCCCAUACCUUGGCACUUUCCUCUCCGACCUGGUGGUGCUGGAUACAGCAAUGGAGGACUACCUGGAGGGCAAUGAGAUCAACCACCGCAAAAAGAAUAAGGAAUACCGAGUCCUCACGGACAUCAUGCUGCUCCAGGCGGCGGCAGAGAAUUACUGCCUAGAGCCCCAGCAUCCAUUCACGGCCUGGUUCUGGGCUGUGGAGCGGCUCAGCGAGGAUGACAGCUACAACCUGUCAUGCCAGCUGGAGCCGCGGUCCUAGCUGGCCAGCAGAACACAAGCACCAGGACCACUGGCUACAGCCACCAUCAGACCUGAACCCGUGCACACUGGCUGAGCCAAGGAUUGCCCCUCGGCCCCUGGGCUACUUGUGGUGCACGAGCCCUAUCCACUGCUCAACACCCCUUCCUCUCCCCUACAGAAUUACUUGUUCUGGAGGGGGCAAUAUUGAAUAUAAUUAAAGGGCUGUUAUUUAACCACAACAACAACAACAA